UGAGAGUUCGCUUACCAUUCGCCCGGACACACCGCCACCAUCAGCUGUUCGAUUCCGAUAGGCGCGGGCGAACAUGGGAAAAUGCGGGGGUGGCGGGUGGCUGGCAGCUGCAGAGAUAGCGGGCGCCUAUCGGCCGGCGAAGGAAGUUCAUUAUUGGCUGCGAAAUCAAUAAAUAAAGCCCCGAAACUGCCCCAGAGACACUGCAGCCAAGGAGUCCAAGGAUACAUGCUGGUGCCCCGGCCAUGCAAUAGUCUUUAAAGUCACUCUAAAAGAGAGAGCAAGCAAGAGGGAGAGCGAGCCAGUGAGUGGGAGAGAGGAGCGACGGGCGUCAAUUAUGGAGCUUCGGGAAUUACGCGGCAGUGGAGGAGGAGGAGGAGUUGCCGUAGCAGGGGGAACAACGGCCGGAAGAGCUGCAUCAGGAGGCGGCUCAGCCCCAUCGGCAGUCAGUCCAGAGCUAGGCGGCAUCUGCAUUGGCGGCUCCGGUGGAGGCGGUCAGCGUUUGCCCACCAAAGCUGAUGUGUUCAUGGAGCAAUUGAAUGCUACCAAUGCCAAGAAGGUGGCGCUGCUCCUGGUGCUUGGCUUUAUACUCUACCACGGCCUACUUAACUGGAACUAUGGAAGCGACUCCUGCCAGUGGCUGCUGUCCAAGGGCCGCUUUAAGGGCGACAAUGAGUGGCAACCAUACGGCUGCAUGGUUCACAAGUACUCCCUCACCGAUACGCGGCGUUGCCUGCGCUACCUUGCCUUCUUCGACAACAAGAAUAACUUUGUGUUCAUCGGUGACGCCAGUGUCCGCCUGCUCUACGAUCGCUUUGUGGAGCAGUUACGUUUGCCCAGUGAGCAGGAGCAGGGGCAGGAGCAGGACACUGACGACAACAAUGCCAGCCGAUCGGCGCGCUUCGAGGAUCAGAAGUUGCAUAUGCUGGCCCAGUACAUCCAAGCGGACGAGGUGAGUCCCUCGCUAGUAGAGCGUCUGUAUCAUCUUGAGGCCGAGAAGCAACUAUCCUCUGUGUAUGUGGUGGGCUUCACCUAUGCCGGUCUCCUCGCCGGCAACACCACCGACGAUGUGCUGCGUCAAUAUGCCGCCAAUCUCACUCUGCUCGUCGCGCCCUUUCAUCGGCUGGUGGCCCAAACGUCUCGCGUGCUCUGGAAACUGGCGGAUCGCGUGGAUGAGGAGAAGUUGCCCGCCAAUUGGAAGCUCCUGCAGAACGAGCACAUUGAACGGCUGAACAAUGUGGCCCGUGGCGUCUUCCGCUAUACGGAGAUCAGUGUGUGGGAGUCGGCAUGGCACAUAGCCAACGGUCUGCUGGACAAUGCCGCCGAGGGGCAUCAGCUGUGCGCGCAUGGACAGCGGCUGGAAGUGCAGCUGUUGUGGAAUAUGUACUGUAACGAUUACAUGAACUACAACGAUGGAACAUGUUGCAGUAGCUCCGAACCGCACACCACGCUACAGAUAGUUGCGUAUGCCUUGUUCGGCGUGUGCAUGUGCCUGGUCUGCGGCCUGUGCUUGAGGAGAUGGAUGCUCCAUCUGCAGGGGCAGACACUGUAUGUGCCGUUACAGCAGCAGGAGCAGCAAUAUCAGUCCAACGAUGGCGUGCGAGGAGGAGCCAGCACGCCUAUGGUGUCCCUGUCCCUGCUGGGCCUAAUUCUGGCCUACUUCUACCUCUGCGACCGCACCAAUUUCUUCAUGAAGGAGAACAAAUACUACUCGGAGUUCAGCUUUUGGAUACCCGUUGGCUAUGUCUUCGCUCUGGGACUGUUCUUCACCGAGGAUUCGCGCUUCACCAAGGUCCUGAAUCGCGAUCAAACGGAUGAGCUGCGCGGCUGGAUAUUGCUGGUUGUGCUCAUUUACUAUAUGACAGGGGCUCAGCGCAUCCUGCCCAUCCACAUGCACAUUAAGCUGCUGAUCUCCGGGUACUUCUUCCUUACCGGCUACACGCACUUCAGCCACCUGUGGCAGACGGGCAGCAAUGGUGGCUCGCUCUUUGUGCGCUUCUUCCAGUCCAUGUUCCGUGCGAACUUCCUUAGUGUGCUGCUGUGCUUCUGCAUGAACCGACCAUAUCAGUUCUAUUACUUUGUACCGCUGCUCUCCUUUUGGCUGUGCGUAGUGUACUUGGUGCUGGCAUUGCCGCCAAGGAUCUCCGCUGCCUCUGUGGACGCCAAUCCGCUGCAUUAUCUAUAUUUGGUGUGCAAGUUCAUAGGCUGCCUCGGAGGAAUCACGGUACUCUUCAUGUCGGAGGUAUUCUUCGAGCGGAUCUUUGUGACACGUCCGUGGAAGGCGCUGUUUGUGACGACAGACGAUGAUCUGCACGAGUGGUGGCACCAAUGGAAGCUGGACAGGUAUACGGUGGCCUUUGGCAUGAUCUAUGCCGCCUGUUUUCACAUCGCCCAGAAGUACAGUGUCUUUGAUGACAACAAUCAUGGGAAUCUCUUCGCGCGACGCACCUCCAUCUCGGUCACUCUGCUGGCCCUACUCGGCGUGGGCGUAUACACCGCCUUCUCCUUCCUCUGCCGCAACGUUCAGAACUGCGAGGAGAUUCACUCGUACAUCCUGUUCAUCCCAAUAGUGGGCUAUGUGGUCCUGAGGAACAUAUCGGGCAUAUUGCGGACGCGCUACUCGGCGUUCUUUGCCUGGUUCGGACGCAUCUCCCUGGAGCUGUUCGUGUGUCAGUAUCACAUUUGGUUGGCCGCCGAUCGUCACGGUGUGCUCGUCCUGCUGCCCGGCUUUCCCACGCUGAACAUGAUCAUCACGUCGUUUAUAUUUGUGUGCGCCUCGCACGAAGUGCACCGUCUGACGCAGAUCCUGCUGCCGUAUGCCGUGCCCAGUGACUGGCGGCUGGUCAUGCGCAACUUUGUCAUCUUCCUUAUAGUGCUCAUCCCAGUGGCAAGGUCGGACGGCAUGUUUUGAUCGGAGGCACGAGCACGGGCCCGAACCUAAUUCCCAUCCUGAGCGAUCUGCAAUCCAAUUGCCGCUUCGAGGAGAGAGUAGACCCUAAGUAUUCGAUGGAUAGCAGCUCCUGCCUGAAUAACACACACACCACACACAGAACAUACAGACCGUGCACUUGCCGGAAUGGGUCGGUUUUGAUCGAAAACAAAAGUCAAGAAGAAAGUUCUAAGCUUCACACUUACUAUAUCUCAUUUAAGUUCCCCCAAAAGUAUUAGUUUUGAAAUGAAAUUUGGUUAUUAGGAAGGAUACUUUAUGUUAUGAUUCUGCUUUCAAUCGAAUACUAAAACUGGCAGGAAAUACCUUUUGACAGCCAUUAAAAAAUCGACCCAAUCUAGUUUAACCAUAUAUAGUGCGUAUCAUAGCUGUAAGAAGCAGGUUGAUGCUAUAAAACCUUAAUUAAAAAAAAACAACUAUGCCAUUUGCUAAAGCAUCAGUUUUAAGCAAAACAAUAUAUUAGUUUCGAUUUGAAUAUUAUUUAAGUGAUUAUUUUGUAAAAGAUACUUUAAUUCUUUGCAUAGCUUCAUCCAUUUUUUUUUUUUGUUUUUGUUUUAUUUCUUGUAAGCUUUAUAGGCAAAGAUUAGAGAUCUCUUAGAGCAAUGCGGUCAAGUUGUAGCUUUGAAAUUACACAUUCUGUAACCUUCUGCUCAACGUAAAAUGCCUUUAAGGCUUAAAUUAUUUUGUAUUUACACAUUCUGGCUUUAACUUAACUUAGGCACAAUAUAUUCUUAUGGUUCUGAAACGCACUGUAUGCACAAUUUACACAUACAUACAUACAUAUAUCGAUAUAUAUAUGCAUAUAUUUUACGCCUAAUGUUUACAACCAUAGGUAUAACUUAGCUUUAAAUAAAUUUUUGCACAAAUUACUUAACACACACACACACACACACACACACAACAAGCAGCGGCAAACCAAAUGUAUGUAUAGAAAAAAUAAAGCAAUGGAUAUAUACUUA